ACAGUUUGAUGACAGAAUGACAGAUUAACAGCAUACCAACUGGAAAUCAACACAAAGAUUUAUUAUAAAAAUAAGUUUAAUAAUAACAAUUUAUACAUGUAACUCCUUUUAAUUAAAUUGACUUUCGUGGUACUCGAAUAAAAUUUGCAGUAUUUUUCCUAGCUAUCAUAACUUUUUACAACUUGUGGUAUUUUAAUUACACGUCUAGUCUAGUAUUCUUUAUAUGGAAUGUUUUAAACAAGAAUGGACACCUUACGAAGAUCAUGGAAACUCCAGGAGUUUGUCGCUCACAAGGCAAAUGUCAACUGUUUGGCAAUGGGACACAAAUCAAAUCAGGUUUUAGCUACUGGUGGAGAUGACAAAAAAGUGAAUCUUUGGGCUAUUGGAAGACAAAGCUGUUUGAUGAGUUUAAGUGGUCACACAACACCAGUGGAAUGUGUUUGCUUUGGUCAUUCAGAAGAUUUAGUCUGUGCUGGGUCACAAACAGGAGCCUUGAAAAUAUGGGAUCUAGAAGCGGCAAAACUUAUAAGAACUUUCACCGGUCAUAAGGGAGCUAUUAAAUGUAUGGAUUUUCAUCCAUAUGGAGAUUACUUGACUACAGGCUCCUGUGAUAGUAAUAUAAAAUUAUGGGAUACAAGGAAGAGAGGAUGUAUAGUAACAUAUUCUAGCCACCGACUUGCAGUGAAUAGUCUACAAUUCAGCCCUGAUGGCCAGUGGAUUGCAUCUGCUUGUGAAGAUGGUCUUGUGAAAGUAUGGGAUGUUCGUGUGGGCAAAGUUCUGCAAGAAUUUGUUGAGCACACUUCCCCUGUAACAUGUGUCAAGUUCCACCCACAUGAGUUCCUAUUGGCCAGUUGUGGCAGUGAUAAGACUGUUAACUUUUGGGAUAUGGAGAAAUUUCAAUUGGUGUCUAAAUUUGAAAAAGACAAUACAUCAAUUAGACAUAUGACAUUUAGUGAUGAUGGUGCAACCUUAUUGGGUUGUGGCAAUGAUGGCUUGCAUGUGAUUGGCUGGGAGCCUGCUCGGGUAUUGGAUACAGUGUCUGGUCAUUGGGGACAAAUACAUGAUAUGACAGUUGCUCAAACACAACUUAUAGCAGGAUCUUUCCAUGCAACAUAUGUGGUUCUAUCAGUUGUUGAUCUGAACAAAGUGCAUCCAUUUGGAGGGCCGGCCCCCACUGUCCCCACUGUGGUCAGAGAUUUAUCACCAUUUCAAAAAGGACAUUCUGUCCGUAAAAGUUUUUCCAAAGAAAAACCACCUAAAGAAGUAAUGCACAGACCAACGCUUCUCGAUGAAAAAACAGCUGAAGAAUCAGCAUCAGGCACAGAAGCGGACGAGGACUCAGGUGCCGUUAUAUCAAAUAUUAAUGAUUACACUGAAAUAUUCCGACCCUCCAGGGCAUUGACACGAACACCGCCACCUGCGACCAGCUUAUCAUCUGAUGAUUAUCCAGAACCAAUGCCGGAAUCAUCUCGCAAAUUGGAGUCUGCAAUGAGCACGUCCUUGCGCGACCUGAUGCUGGAUGAGCCUGCGCCAACACACGCCCUUCACGCCACUCACGCCCCGGGCGUCCCGCACGGCCCUCACGCCCCUCACGCCCCGCCUGCACGCCCUCCACCGCAACCCUCGCCCCCGCAGCGCCAGCGCGCAGAGUACUCCCGCAUACCCACACCCAAGGAUCACUACGCAGCACUCGAAAAGAAAACUGAAGUGUUUAACACAGGGCCAAUGGAUAACAGUAAAGAUGACAACUUUUGUAUGAGUAGGAAAACAUCCACGGCCAAUGAAUUUGUUGCCCAUUCCCUAACAGCGUGUUCACUAAACCGACAUAACUCAUACAAAGAAACCAAAACAACUACUGAGAUGUGUGGCAACACUCUCCGGCAGAGCACUAGCGAGGUGUCUCUGGGGCCUCCGUCUCUAGGACCCAGGUCCUUAUCCUUCACCAGAUCUCCUAACUCUAAUACACGACGAAGGGUGGACAGUGUAAGUCGCGACCCCGUGCCGGCGCCUCGCAACGAAGACCCCGAGCGGGAGCCGGAGCCCGAGUUCAUACCGUACGCCACUGACAGACCCGUGGGUUUGGAUCUCGAUGAAUUUCUACCACGCGGGCUGGCGGCGUGCCUGGGGCGCGGCGGGGCGCGCGGCGGCGGCGCGCAGCCCAGCGAGCAGGAGGUGCUGGGCGUCAUGAUGCGCGGACACGACUCCAUGAUGGCCGUGCUCGUCGCCCGCCAGCGCGCGCACCAGAUAUUCCACUCUGUUAGAGUAAAUAAGAGUCUGAAAUCAGCUUUAGAAUCGGUGAUAGCGCUAGAGGACACGUCAGUCAUUCUGGAUAUACUGAACGUGAUGGCACACAAACCAUCUCUAUGGAAUUUGGACAUAUGUUUGCUGAUGUUGCCCAAAAUUUAUGACUUGCUGCAAAGUAAAUAUGAAUCAUACAUGCAAUGCGGCUGCAACGCGCUGCGGCUGAUAGUGCGCAACUUCUCGUCGGUGGUGCGCGCCAACGUGGGCGCGCCGGUGCGCACGCUCGGCGUCGACAUCCCGCGCGAGGAGCGCUACGCCAAGUGCGCGCAGAUACACCGGCUGCUGCUCGACGUGCGCGCCUUCCUGCUCAAGCGCCAGACGCUGCAGGGCCGCCUCGGCGCCGCCUUCCGCGACCUCCACACCCUCAUGCAGCAGGGCCUCGACUGACUGCACUAUAUCUCUCCCUCACCUUCACUCUCGCACUCUUUACUUAUACUUUAAUCCGUCACACGCAACGAACAAUCGAAUGUGUCAUAGACACUCGUAUAGUAGUAGCUAUUCGGUAAUGUUACUUAGUACAUCGUACGUGUACUAGCCAAAACUAGUGCGGUUCACACCCCGCUACUACAAUUGGUCAGUAGCUCGAAAUAGACUGGCAAUCAACUGGCAACUGGAUUGACUUGAGUAAAUUUUUGUUCAGACUCGUUUAGUUACUAAGCACUCAACUAAAAUAAUAGUGAAAACUAGACUUAAUUAAAAUUAUUCCAAACCAAACCUCACCACCAGUAUCACAAUAUAUAAAUAUGCGAUUCCAGUAUAGCAAAGCGUGUCGUCACUAAAGACGCCAUCACAUGUCGUGUUUUCGCGGGCGAGAGAUGAUGGUUUUUUACUCUAUGUUAUCAAUUUCUAAUAGUAUGAUGAUGGCCGUAUAUGGCAAGUAACAAUUUUAACGAAACUAAGGUCCUUUUAAAUAGGAUAUACUAAUUUGUUUAACGAUUCCUAAUAAGUUAAUUUAUUUUUAAAAUUUAAUUCGAUCAUAAUCAUUCAUUUAUAGUGUGACUUAAAAGGAGUAAGUUUGGAUUACGGAUUUAUAUUUAGCGCGAUUAUAGCACACUUAUAUCCACGAAUACGGUCGAAUAAAUGUUCCUUUUUGACCGACUUCCCAAAAGAAGAAGGUACUCAAUUCGUGUUGUUUCAAAAUGUCACCUAUAUGAUUGAAAUUUUUCUCCCCUACCAACACUGCCAUCCACUUUUGAUAUAAGGAUUUAUCUGUUUAUUUUUAUGUAUGUGAAAUAAAUUAGAAAAAUUGUUACAAAUGGCACAAUAACAUUUUUUUUAUAUUAAUCUUUAACAUUUUCUAAUGUGUGUUUAAUUUUGUUUGCACUAAACAUUGUAUGGAUCAUGUCUAUUCGAUGCAUAUCUUACUCCAUCCUUCACUUUAUAUGUAAAUAAUUAAAUUAAUUCUUCCAUUUAUUUCUUAAGUAUUCAAUAAAUAUAGCAUAACUAAAACCCUCAAAUGGUAUUAAAAAUUGAAAAAUGGUAUCUCAAUAACAAGACCACAUUUUGGGUCCAAAAUUAAUUUAUUUUCUAAGUUUGAAUAAAUAUUGUGUUGUUGGUAUACUUUUGUGGUUUAGUAUUGAAUAGUAAUAUGUUGUUUUUGAUACAAAAGUUUCAAUAAAGUACUUUUAUCUUUGUU